AUGGCCUGUAGGCAGAGUGAUUGCCUCACUAAGUAUUUAUUAAAUACUUACGCAACUCCAUUCCAAUGUGUUGCAGUUGCUCAUUUCGGUUCCAUGAGUGAGAUGGACGGAGUAGCUAGAGGUUGUGGCGCGAGAGGGCGCGGUGCUCGAGGCCGUGGUGGCAGAGCUAGAGGCCGUGGAGGCCGGGGCCGAUUGUGGACUUCGGCGGAUUCGGGAGAGAGUGUGCGCCUAGUGUGGCGAUUGCGUCGGUGA